AUGUCAGUAGUGGCAGAAGUUGUUAUAAGAUACUGGGUGGAAACUCCAGUAUGCUGUCAGGAUCAGUUUGCUGCCCAAGAGCUGGAAGCACACAAAUUGGAUCACUCUUUAUAUGCUUUGCCAGACUGUCCAGGUUUAAAUGAGACAUGGCUAAACCAUGACACAGACCCUUCAGUUGCACUGAGCAACAGAAGAUGUAUCACAGAAAGUACAGCUGGGGACAGGAAGAAAGGUCAGGAGGAGGAAAACACAUGCUUUCAAGUCUUGCUGGAUGUUGUGCAGUUCCAUCCUGAAGAUAUUCAGACUUUCCAAGGCUGGCUCCUGAUUAAAGUUCAGCAUGGACCUAGGAUGGACAAAUAUUGUUUCAUAUCCAGAAACUUUACCAGGCAAUACAAAUUACCUAAUGGAGUGGAGAACAAAAAUUUGUCUGUGCUUUCGUGCCAUGAUUGCAUUUUGGUUGUUGAAAUUAAGAACUCAGUGGGAAAGAAUUAG